AUGCAACGGCUUGAGUGGCUUGAGGGAACCCUCACCGAGGACCAGCUCACCAACACGGCUGCCUGGCUGAUCGCCGUCAUCACGCUGCUCGCCACCGCGUCCGUGGUGGCUGGCCUGGACUUUGGAAUCAAGACUGUCUCCUACACGGCCUUCAUGCUCGGCAACUUCCUCAUGGUGGUCAUCUUCAGCCUGGAUGAGCCUUGGUACAUCCUCAACGUCAUCGUGCAGGCGGUCGGCUACCACCUUGCGCACUUCGUAGAGCUCGCCUUUGACACCGACGCCUUUGCUCAGCUGGACCUCGGCAACGGCAGGCCCAACGACGGCAAGGGAGCCCAUCCUUCCUGGAUGGACUGGUGGACCAUCUUUUACUGGGGCUGGUGGAUCGCUUGGGCCCCUUUUGUGGGCACGUUCAUGGCCCGCAUCUCUCGAGGACGUACCAUCAAGCAGGUGGUCCUGUACACCCUGACCUUGCCCUUCCUGUACGCCGUGCUGUGGUUCUGCAUCUUCGGCGCAGCCGCCAUCCGCAUGAACCGCCGGGCCAUCUGGUUGGAGAAUGUUGGCACGGAACUGUAUGGCAACGCCGACUACUUCCUCCACACCGACCUCACCUUCCGGCCCAGCGGGGCAGGCAAGUGCUUCGACGUGCCAGCGAGCCUGCCAGUUCUCUUCGGCGGGUAUUGGUUCGACCUGAUGGGCCAGUACUAUGGCAUGGGAAACAGCCUGGUCUUCGUGUCCAUCGUCACCACCAUCCUCUACUUCGUGACGUCCAGCGACAGUGGCUCUUUGGUGGUGGACCUGAUUGCCGCAAAUGGUCGCGAGGCGCACGUCGUGCAGCGCAUCUUCUGGGCGGUGACGGAGGGUGCAGUUGCCAUCGCGGCACUCGCGUCUGGGGGCUUCAGCUCCCUCACCGCGUUGCAGGCCGUCUCCAUUGUCAUGGGCCUCCCAUUCACAAUCGUGAUGAUGAUGAUGUGCACGUCCCUCUGGCGUGCAUUGAAGGUCGAGGCUGGGGAGAUUGCCCCCAGAGGCCAACGACCGGAUUGGAACCUGCCUCUUUACGGCGGCAUCUUCGAUGCUCCUGAAUGGGUCCUAACCUUCGGGAGGUCGAAAAUGCCGCCUCUGCGCGUCUUCACGACCUUCGCCCUGGCAACAGUCAUGCCUCCCGUCCUCUUCUGGCGCUCCAUGCGGGCCAUGUCCAAGUACGAGAAGGCCCCGACACACGCCGGAACGCACGGCAUGCUCGCGCUGGUGCUGGGCCUUGCCUUCAAGGCUUUCGUGAUCCUCCACAUCGUCUCAUGGGUCUACCAGGCGGAUGCAAACGGCCCCAAGGAAGGCAAGGCGAUGUGGGCUAUGGCCUGGGUUGCGUACCUCACCUUCGCCGGCGUCUUGUCCUUGGGCCGGCAUCAAAUCCGGAGGCUGUACGGCAUUGAGGGCUCCGGCAUCGAGGACAUCUGCGCCGCCGUCUUCUUGUACCCGCAGCUCUGCCAGAUGCUGGCCCAGGUCGGCAGCGAGCCGGCCCCAAAGCCAGUUUACAAGAAGGGGCAGGCGGGCGCGGAAUGUCGAGAAUGCUGA